CCGAGUAGUACUAGUAUAUAAGGCAACAAAUUUGUAGUAACAUAAAUUCUCUUCAAUUCCCACACACACACACACACACACACACACAAGUAAAAAGAAAGAAAAAAACACGACUCCUCCUCCUCCUCCUCCUCCUGGUCCUAUCCUAUUUAUUCUCUUCAUUUUCAAAAUUACCAAGAAACAUAAACACAAUCCAAUUCUUCGUACUUAAUUAGUUCCCGGAAAAACAUGUCCUCGGGCCCAAAUGGUCGGGACCUCCAGGCACCGCUGCUCAACCCCACGCCGCCGGCGCCGGCGUCUAAAGAAUCACCCAAACGCUACCAGGAGAAGCUGUGCAUCGAUGACAUGUUGAACAAGUAUUGCGGGGAGUUCGGAAUAUGGCAAUUGAGGCACUUCGUGCUGGCGAGCCUGGCGUGGGCCCUGGAGGCCUUUCACACCAUGGUUAUGAUCUUCGCCGACCGGGAACCUCGGUGGCGGUGCUCGGUCGACGGAGGCGGCGGGGGGUGCUUCCCGGAAGCGAGGAGCGUGUGUGAGCUUCGGCCGGGGUCGUGGGAGUGGAUGGGCGGGGCGGGAACUUCUACGGUGGCGGAAUUUGGUUUGAUUUGUGGAGAGAAAUACAAGGUGGGUUUGGUUCAAGCCGUUUUUUUCGGAGGCUGCAUGAUUGGGGCUGGAGUAUUUGGCCAUUUAUCAGACUCCAAAUUAGGAAGAAAAGGCUCAUUAACUGUUGUUUGCAUCUUAAACGCCGUAUUUGGAUGCCUGACAGCAUUCUCGCCAGACUACUGGACUUACCUUCUCCUCCGUUUCCUCACCGGUUUCAGCACCGGUGGAGUCGGCCUUUGCUCCUUCGUCUUGGCAACUGAACCGGUUGGUCCGUCAAAACGAGGAGUCGCCGGAAUGUCAACAUUCUAUUUCUUCUCAGGUGGGAUCGCCAUUCUCUCCGGUAUAGCCUACAUUUUCCCAAACUCCUGGCGAGACCUCUACAUUGCUUCCUCCGUUCCUUCCAUCCUAUUUCUUUUAGUCCUACUCCCUUUUGUUUCCGAAUCCCCUCGUUGGUGCCUUAUCAGAGGCCAACUGAACAGAGCCAUGAAAAUCAUGCGGGACAUUGCUAAAUUAAACGGGAAAUUCCUCCCCGAAAAUGCCAUCCUGGCUCUUGAUGAAGACAUCGAGAAUCAUAAUCAUCCGAGUAAAAUUGAGACUAGUGACAGCAAGAUAGAUACAGAAUCGAAUGAAGAAAUAAAGGGUUCUUUGAUAGAUGUCCUGAAAUCCCCUGUUACCAGAACUCGGUUAUUUUUGGCUGUGGUGAUUAAUUUCUUAUGCUCCAUAGUUUACUAUGGGUUAAGCCUAAAUGUGGUCAACCUUGGAACCAAUCUUUACCUGAACGUGCUUCUGAACUCAGUGGCGGAACUGCCAGCUUAUUUCUUAACGGCGGUUUUGUUAGAUAAAUUCGGGCGGAAACCAUUAGCAAUUGGAACGCAAUGGUUUAGUGGCCUAUUCUGCGUGGCGGGUUGCCUUUUGAAAUGGGCGGGAAAGUGGAAGUUGGUACAAAUGGUUUGUGGGAUUUUGGGCAUAUUUGGGAUGGCUGGGACAUACAAUCUGCUGUUUAUCUACACGGUUGAGUUGUUCCCGACGGUGGUUAGGAACGCGGCGCUUGGUUGCGCGACUCAGGCGGCGCAAAUGGGUGCGAUAUUGGCACCUUUCGUGGUGGUUUUGGGUGGCGGGUUGCCUUUUGCGGUGUUUGGGGCGUGUGGGAUUUUGGGCGGACUCUUAUCGUUUUGCUUGCCGGAGACUUUAAAUAAGCCUCUUUAUGAUACAAUGGCGGGAAUGGAAGAUGGAGAACGAGAGUGGACGGUUGAAUGAUUUUGCCAAUUCUUGGAGAAAAAUGCAAAUGUAACAAUGUCGUCCCCCUUUCUCUUGUAACCCUUCUUGUUUAGUUAAUUUUAGCCUUUCUUUUUCGUUGUUUCUUUUAAGCACCAUGGGAGAUGUGUUCCGGAUCUAAACACACAUGUUUUACAUGUACUUGUACAACGAGUUUAGUUUGUAUUUACACCGCCAUUACUUAAAGCCUCGCACAAUUGACAAUUGUUGGCUCUUCAGUUUCUUGUUCAAUUUUCGUAUGAUUAACUUCAUG